GCCCCAUGAGCCAGGGCUGAACCUCUGCCACCAUGUCCGUGGCCUUCGCGUCCGCCCGACCGAGAGGCAAAGGCGAGGUCACGCAGCAGACCAUCCAGAAGGUAAGGAAGCUGAGGCAUAGAGAGGUUAAGUGCCUGCCUGAGGCAGGAAGGGAGGAUCUCACCACCACCAAGAAAGAAGAGCCAGGAGUGGACUGUAUCCUUUGAACCCGGGAUCCCUGCACUGAGAAGCUCCUGGAACCAGGAGAGAGCGAGCGAGCAAGUAAAGGAGCUGUAACACCAGAGACGAUGCUGGACGAGAACCACCAGCUGAUCCAGUGCAUUCUGGACUACCAGAGCAAGGGCAAGACAGCCGAGUGCACCCAGUACCAGCAGAUCCUGCACCGGAACCUGGUGUACCUUGCCACGAUUGCCGACUCCAACCAGAACAUGCAGUCCCUGCUCCCGGCCCCGCCCACCCAGAACAUGAACCUGGGCCCGGGAGCACUGUCCCAGAGCAGCUCCGGCCAGGGCCUGCACUCCCAGAGCAGCCUCGGCGACACCAUCGGCACGGGCCUGCCCCCCUCCUCCCUCAUGCAGGGCCAGAUCAGCAAUGGUCCGAACCACGUGUCCCUGCAGCCGACGGCACAAAGCACACUGCCCACCACUUCCAUGAGCCUGUCAGCCAGCAGCCACAGCUCGGGGCCUGGCUACAGCCAUGCGGGACCCGCCUCGCAGAGCGUGCCCCUGCAGGGCCAGGGUGCCAUCGGCAACUAUGUGUCCCGGACUAAUAUCAACAUGCAGUCCAACCCAGUGUCGAUGAUGCACCAGCAGACAGCCACGUCCCACUACAGCUCGACGCAGAGCGGGAGCCAGCACUACCAGGGCCAGUCCUCCAUUGCCAUGAUGGGCCAGAGUGGCCAGGGCAGCAGCCUGAUGGGGCAGCGGCCCAUGGCACCAUACCGGGCCUCCCAGCAAGGCUCAUCGCAGCAGUACCUGGGCCAGGAGGAAUACUACAGUGAGCAGUACAGCCACAGCCAGGGUGCCACAGAGCCUAUGAGCCAGCAGUACUACCCAGAUGGCCACGGAGACUACGCCUACCAACAGUCGUCCUACACGGACCAGAGCUACGACAGGGCGUUCGAGGAGCCUGCCCAGCACUACUACGAAGGCGGAAACUCUCAGUACAGCCAGCAGCAGGCCGGCUACCAGCAGGGGACGGCCCAGCCGCAGACAUACUCCCAGCAGCAGUAUCCCAACCAGCAGAGCUACCCCGGGCAGCAGCCAGGCUACGGGCCUGCCCAGGGUGCCCCCGCGCAGUAUUCCAGCUACCAACAAGGACAAGGCCAGCAGUACGGAAGCUACCGGUCAUCUCAGACGGGACCGUCCGCGCAGCAGCAGAGGCCAUAUGGCUACGAGCAGGCAAGCUUCCGCAGUGUUUCCAGGCGUGGGCAUCUGCCAUGUCUGUCGAGAUGCAGUGACGAUUCUCUAGUGGUCAUGAGGAGUGAUGAGACAGGGCUCAUGGGCUUUCAGGGCCCUUCUGGAAUGUUAAUUCUGUGCUUACAAGGCCCACAUGCUCAGUUCUACAGGCACACUCACCUUGCCACUGAGCUUACUGUUGCCUCAGUAGGUGUGAGUCCCUCGUCCAUUGGCACACCCCUGCAACAAGCAUUUGCUGAGGGCCCGCCCCAAGCUAUCCCCCUACCCUGAGCCCAGGAUGCAGUGGUGGCAGACACGGCUGCCACGCCUCAAGAGCUCACAGCCUGCUCUGGAGGGCUGCUCACUCAGUAGGCCAGACUUUAUCCUGCAGGCUGGGGGCCAGGGGCUGGGCCAUUCUUCCUUCCCAUCCCUAUCAUUGUAGGUGCCCAGGAAACCUUGCUGAUCAGCUGGGGCUGAGAAUCCAGCACCCAAGGAGCCUUCCCCUCUUCCAGCCUCACUGGGCAUGUGCCCUAGUCCUCUUUCUUUCAGAUUUCACAUGGACUGAAAUCGUUACCCUGGCUAUCCCCACUGCCAUGUCAGCAUGCCGGGCUGGUGAUACCGAUUGUGUGUGGCUGUGGGCCCGUCGGGUGUCCGCUGAGGCAGUGAGAUAGUGAUGAGGCUUCCUUUGUUACAUGUUGGUGUGAGGACCUCAUGGCAUAGCGAGCGCAAGCAUACGACUGGCUGACAGGCCUCUCCGACCUGAGUCCUUGGCUGCAGGGUUGGACCAAUGAUUCUUUGUCAACUGAGUUCUUGGCCGCAGGGUUGGACCAAUGAGUCUUUGUGACCUGAGUCCUUGGCCACAGGGCUGGACCAUUGAGUCUCUGUGACCUGAGUCCUUGGCCUCAAGGUUGGACUAAUGAGUCUCUGUGACCUGAGUCCUUGGCCUCAAGGUUGGACUAAUGAGUCUCUGUGACCUGAGUCCUUGGCGGCAGGGUGGACCAGUGAGUCUCUGUGACCCGAGUCCUUGGCCUCAAGGUUGGACUAAUGAGUCUCUGUGACCUGAGUCCUUGGCCGCAGGGUUGGACCAGUGAGUCUCUGUGACCUGAGUCCUUGGCCACAGGGUUGGACUAAUGAGUCUCUGUGACCUAAGUCCUUGGCCGCAGGGUGGACCAGUGAGUCUCUGUGACCUGAGUCCUUGGCCGCAGGGUGGACCAAUGAGUCUCUGUGACCUGAGUCCUUGGCCGCAGGGUGGACCAGUGAGUCUCUGUGACCUGAGUCCUUGGCUGCAAGGUUGAGCCAAUGAGUCUCUGUGACUGGAGUCCUUGGCCGCAGGGUGGACCAAUGAGUCUCUCUGACCUCUGGGUCCUUGGCCGCAGGGUUGGACCAAUGAGUCUCUGUGACCUGAGUGCUUGGCUGCAGGGCUGGACCAGUGAGUCUCUGUGACCUGAGCUCUCGGCCCCAGGGUUGGACUUCAGGGAGUCCGUCCCUGCCCUGUACAGAGAUACUGGUGCCUACUUGUUGGGUGUCUGCGUGUCUCUCUGUGUCCUCCCACCUCGUCCUGGCUGUUGGCCCCGGGUGGGUUGGGGCCUUAUACACGCUCACCCUGGAGGUAUAACACGUGUCUUCAUCUCUUUUAGGGCCAAUAUGGGAACUACCAGCAGUAAGGGACGUGCGUUCUUGUCGGUGCCCUUGCAGCAGUGUGUCUAUCUGGGGAGCGGAUGGGCCAGCAGCAGUUCUGAUGAGCUGUGAUCCGUGGGUUCCCUCUGCCCAAUGCAGCGUCUGCAUGCGAAGCUCAUUUCAUGCUGGCUAUGACACUGGGCGUGCUCGCUGGCACAGGCCACGCUUGAAUGGUGUGACAUAUUUGGUGCUGUGUAGAGUAUUGUGUGUUGAUACGAUGGAGAGGUUGUCCUUUCUCACAUCCCCUUCCUUGAUGUUUCUAGUUAGUUGUAGGGUCAUGUCACCAGAGCACCCUGUGUCCAGCGAUGGGAAAGACCUCGACGCUUAGUCCGUGUAUCCAUAUAGCAGGCCUCAGGUCUGGGUUCUCUGCUUGUGCGGCUUUCCUGAGGUGAGCUGUAAACUUCUCUCUAGCUGGCCACACUGCAUGUUGACACACGCAGCCCUGACAUGGCCUCUUCUGUGCCAUAGGGGAGCGUUCUUCUGUGUGGGGUCAGCUGCUGUCACAACACACAGGACAAACGUGUGCCAUUGUUGGAGAGGCUGUGAACGGUCAUUCCCAGAGCUUGCUCAUUACCUGUGUCUCACACUGAUUGUUUUUCCAGAAAGUUCCAUGUAUUUGAUUCAGAUGUAAAGAGGGCUCAGUGACUAUGUUCCAAAUAAGCAUGAAUCCACAAAGGCAACAUAUGGUCAGCAUAACUAGGGAGGGUGGAGUGACCACCAGAAAGCCAUUCCCUGGAAAUCAGGGCAUCGGAGAUGACUCUGGCUUUGGCCCUUGUUUAUCUGAUGCCCAUUUCUGCAGUCUGAAUGUUUAGUAUACCCAAUUCUAAAUUUAGAGAUAAAUUUAAAUAUUGGUACCAAAUGUUCCAAACCAUUGGCAAGUUGUUUAUAUUAUUUUUUCCAGGACCUACUUGUUCAGAUCUGCAAGCAAGUGUUCCUUUUCUUUUAGGGAUAUCUGAAAUGCACGUCCUAUUUUUUAAAAGGAACCCCAAUAACUUUACUGUAUUCUUCCUCAUGAAAAGUAGAAGUUAUGUGGAGAAAUUUGAGUAAUUUUUACAUUCCUGGGAUAUUCUAUCCUACUCAGACUGUGCAGACAUUCACAACAGCUCACUUGGAGAGAAGUGUGAUCAAAGGAAAACUCUGACAUUGCCACUAAUGUGUAGAGUGAAUAUUUGAUCUACUUUUACUUCGGUAAUAAUAUCCAUAUUGGCUGUGAAUCCUUUAAAAAAUAAGUGCUUCAGAUAAACGUUGAGGUACUUCCAAGAACUACCAAGGGGAUGCAAAAAAUAUCCAAUUCUGGAUAUGUCAGGUCUGCUAAAGAUAAUGCUUUCCUUUGAUAAGCUUUAUAUUUAAAAAAUUAAAAAGCAAUUCUUUAUCCAGAGUGAGUUCGUGCUUUACGGUUUACGAGGUGCGUGUGUUUCUCACUUGAACGAGUCUUGGCAGACUACACUGGAAUCGGAAGCGGUGAUGGGUCCCGCUCAGAUGGGGACAGGCUCAGACGAAGGCUCGCCCCCCAGCCCCGCCCAGUGUGCAGUGCUGUUCUAGGACACGCUGCCCAUGUUCACGGGAUGUAAGCGUUUAUUCUGUAGGGACAUGGGUUUAUAAAACUCACCACUGGUAAGGGCUUGAAAUAUAUGUAUCCACGUUAAAUGGCCGAAGUGAGAGCUCUCAAUUGCUAAAUGAAGAAGGUGUUAGCAGUCACACUUAGGGAUUCAUCUCUCUCGAUUUUGUUCUUUUCCUUCCUGACAAUUUUCAUGUAACUAAUUUGCAGACUCAACUGGGGAUUAAAAUUUCCCGUUGAAAAUGUUAAACAAUGUAGAAAACUGUGAAAAUACCGUUUAUUUUUAUUCCUUGCCAGUCUGGGAAUAUGCCUUUUGUGUGUGUGUGUGUGUGUGUGUUUUUUAAAGUGCUGUAGUAAUACUUUUGGGGAAAAAAAAAAAAGUAUCCCAAAACUUCUUUAAAAACAGAGUAUCUCAAAACUUCCAUCUGAAAUGUCUUACGUUAAGUUCUUGAAUGUUGUGUACAUAUCUAAAAAAGCACUUUGCAAAACAGUUUGUACAUUUAUUUCCUAAUUUAUAUAUGAUUUUUUGGUGUUAAUAUAUUUAAUGAUUAAUAACAGAGUAUUUAAUGUGUUACCCAUUUUUAUGUAAUAUUGUAUUGUGGGGACAAAGUGACGCCAGCAGUUCUUUUUCGUUAAUUGUAUCUCGUGUAACAUGAAUGUUUGAAAAAGGCUUAGGCUGAAAUGCAUCGUUUGUGCAGUGUGGUUGGUGGCGCUUGCUGUUUAUGACUACUGGGGAAGGCCGGUGACAACGCAGAGGAAGACUCGGAAGUUAAAGUCCAUUCUUCCCACUCUUGUCUUACAUCCAGCAAGUAGUGGGUUUGAAAAAUGACCACAGUAUUCAGAAGUGCUGACAAGUUUAUGUUGGUAUGCAAAAGCUCCUUACCCGUUAGGGUUUGCCGUUGAACCAGUGGUAUCUUUGGACUUAGCAUAUUAAAAAUUACCCUACAACUCAUGUCGAGAGCCAUUAUGAACUGUAUUAAGGUGGACGAGAUCUUCUAGGAGCUCCAGAGAAGCCUUAAUGUGCUCUUUUAGUUGGGGGGCUACAUGAGCCUCUGAUUCUCUCAGUUUAUACGUGUGUGGGUCUGAAUGUUGGGCGUCCAUUCAGAGCUGUAAAAAGAGGAAGACUGCUUCCAUUUUCAUUUUAAAUUUCAUCAUUACUUCGUUUCUUUAUUGAACAGGCCAAACUUAAUCGUGAGUACAUUUUUUUUUAAACAUCCUUUUUUUCAGUCGGAGUUUGGUGUAUAAAUUGUUAAUGCUUUUGGUGUAAUCUAUUAAUAAACUGGUUCUUCAAAAACUAUCCCAUCAAGUGAGUUUUUUUGAAGUUCACAGGAUUUGAUGCACUUGCAAACACCAAUUGGUAGGGCCCUGUUGACUGUAAUGAGGUCUCAAUUGAGAAUCACCUUUCAGGGAGAACCCUGACCCCUGGGCAGAGUCCAGAUGCACUCACCCUCUAUUCUUCACCCAAUGGGAAGCGGCCUGUGACAACGUGGUGUCUCAGGAUAACGUUGAAGUGUGCGGUGUAGGGACUGGACAGAAGGUGUAGGCUUGCUGGCUGUCGGUUCCCAUUGUUUAUACAACGGCUCCCAGCUGUUUUGUUUGAUCCUUAGGGCGGCAUGGGUGUCUUUGUCAGACAGUGUGUUGAAAGAAGGAUCAAGAGUUAGGUAACAUCGGGGAUUUGAUGGGGAGAUGCGGUCCGGUGGCAUUGCUGAGCAAGGACAAUGGAGAAAUUGAGUUAGCGUCCUGCAGGGAAGCGAGGCCUCGGCGCUGAGCUGAGGGAAGCCUUUCUCUAUCCCUUCCCACCUCCCUUCAUGAAGUGCUUCUCCGCCGCUGUCCGUCUGUCCAGUGCGACCUCCGGGGGUCUGCCCAGGCGGCGCCCACCUCUCGCUGGCUGUCCACCCAGCCUCCAAACACUACACCGUUUAGGCUGCCUUCGGGCUUGUCUGGACUCCCGAAUCUUUACAUGGAAACUCCAGGUCCCUCUACCCUGUGUCCGCGGGCGCAGCUGCCAGGCGUCCGGGGUACGAGAAGCCCAGCCCGGCGGCGGGUCAGCACCAGCGCCUAG